AUGGAGAAGGGAAUUCCAGAGGAGAAGAGAGCUUUGGCGGUGGAUAGUAUGGUAUACGAGGCGAAUGCUCGAUUGAAGGAUCCCGUGUAUGGUUGCACUGGUAUCAUUUGCAUAUUGCAGCAGCAGAUCUUACGAAUGGAGGGAGAAUUGGCUAACAUCAAAGCACUCUUGAUCAACUCUAGGCAGUUGCAAUUGAAUGAAAACCCAUUGCCACCAACGUCUAAUCUACCAGAGAAUACAGACGAGCUCUGCGCAGAUUUGUCAGAGUUGUUCUCCACAGAAAUGUCACUGGACCAUCUCUUAGCUUGGGAAUGA